AUGAAGAUACUUGUGACGGAUGAAGUUCUUAAUAAUUUUCUAUGGCUACUGCAGACAGAUCAUAAGUUUUUUGGGCAACAAAUCAGAGAGACGAUGACUAGAUGCAGUUUAUACACCAAUGAAUAUGGAAUAGAACCCACAAGGAAAAGAGGAAGUGAACUGUAUAUUGGAAGAAGGAAAGUGACUUACUGCUUCACCUCUAAUGAUGUGUUAGCACUAAGCCACCUACACCACCUUCUUCCAUCAUUGUGCAAAGGACAAAUUAAACUUACUUUCAUCCCACCCAUAGCAGAGCCAAUUAAUACGCCGCAUCUUCUUUUAUCUAAUUCAUCCAUCACAUCUUCAGUAAUUCCUGCAUCUGCCAAAGCCUUCUUACCCGCGACAACCCACUCCGACCCCCAAAUCGAACGCGAGUACAGAAGGACAGACGCACCGGAAUGCGCCGAAGGGCGAAGAAGCUUCCUCCGCCUGCGGUGCACCGGAGAGUUCCUCGAUCCUAACCCGAAGAACCCGUCGGCGGUGAGCGAAGACCUGCAGAAGUCGUCGCAGGGCUCGAACGCGAAGCACGAAUUCACGAGAUUCCGAAUGCCGCACAGGCGGGGGGCGCAUUUCGCUAGGACCGUCCUCCGGCGUCGGGCCGCCCACCUGCUGAGGCGCGACGGAUCGAACGACGCCGCCGCCCUCCUCGGGUGCAGCAUGGAGACGCCGGAAUCGUUCUCGCAAGCGACGGACAUGCAUGCGGCCAUCAGCCAUGAGCAAACCGCCGACGACGCCGCCAUCGCUAGAAUCCCUCCGUCCCCGCGCACACACAAAACUAAAACACACACACACCACCACCACCACCGGUACGAAAUCCGCCGUAUCUUUUUCCGCGCCAAUGCCGCGGACGCGAGCCGGUUCUGA